CCAGCCAGUUCGCAGCAUGUCGCGCAUGGGACUGGUGGAAAUGAACUACCGCGAGGAGGCUUUCCUUUUUCAAGUGCAUGAGCUACAGUACCCAGAUGCCGGCAGCGGCCGGGAUGAAAGGGAGCUGCAUGUUUUAAGGCUUUGGUGUAGUCAGGUGCUGGCUUGUGUUGUAGUGAAUAAAUAUAGGCAAGGAAGCGAGCACCGCACUCGUAAUUCGUGCCCUCAAUCUAAGUGCCACGAGUCGGCCCUUGCCCUCGCGGAGUGUCUUUUUUGUUUUGUUUCUUUACUAUCUAGUCACGAUUGAGUCGUAAUGAAAGAAUAAGACGCCAGGCAGCUACUGAGAAUUAGUCUGGGCGCUUCUGCGACUCUUAAGUAACUGCUUUGGCCCCGGCCUUCCGCUUUCAAUGGUUUUUGCAUCAAGAGACUACUUCCUUAGCUCUAACUUUGGCGGCAGUUAAGAUCGAGUUUGCAGCGGUGCCGAAUCUGGAGAAGACUUUGAAAGACGUACCCAGCCUAGAGUGCGUCACCGUUCGAGGCAUCGGCCCGGACUUGCUAGAGUCGUCUGGCUUUCACCUAAGUGAUUACUUCAUUGGGCUAUUCGGAGGGAGAGGAGCACUUGGACCAGAGUGGAACUUGAUCGCCGUCUUGCAUGAUGGCCCUGACCGGUCACACUCCUACACAGCAAAGCAAAGCAACCGCCUCGCACAAAUAGGCGUCCAAGCGUUGUGCAGGAGAAAACCAGAAAUGGCCACGGCGCUCGCGACUGGUGGCGAGGAUGAGGUCGAUGAGGUUGGUC